AUGCUUGAUGCCUCAGUGAGAUUCGCUAAGCUGGACGAGAUCCGCCAACAAACCGUGGAUCGAAGAGCGCAACAUUACGAGGAGUUCCCAGCCAAGGAAAAGAUCUGGAAAGCCCCAAGGAAGAAUGAUCUUGUUCUGCUCAGGAACUUUGCCCUGGAUUCGCAAAAAGGAAAAAAGUUCAUGCCCCGGUGGAGAGGACCAUACCUGAUCGACAGAAUUACCGCCACAGAACGUUCGGCUGAGCUGAAGGACCUCCAGACUGACAAGAUCAUCGGACCACAUCACAUUAAUAACCUCAAGCUAUAUGUGGCCAGAGACGAGCAGAGCGACCAUGGUUCCUGGAAAACGCUUGUCAAGAAUGACCUGGAGCUCGCGAACGAGUGGGCCCAAAUCAAGGAUGUGCAGCAGGAGAAGGAGAGGACAAUCCGAAAGCGCCAGGAGAGAGAGCCUCUUCUCCGACAGGAGCUGGAGAUGCAUGGCUCUCUGCCUCCCUACUUCGUCCCAUUUCACGUCAACGACUAUCAGUAUCAAAAGAUGAAGUAUGAGGUAAAGAUGGCACGCACCCCAGAAUCUGACCCGCUCAAGUUCAUGAUCGAAUACCAUCCUUUGAGCAAUUCCGGCAUGAAUUGCUAUCUGGAACCGAGGUCUGUGCGAGAGCCAAGGCCACCCAUCGCACUCGAGGAACCUGGUUUUGGAAGACCACCCCUUGAGUACGUCGCGACGGAUUGGUCGUGGAGAAGGUUCUACGACCCCAACGAGGCGCUUUACGAAGCGCUCAAGACGUCUCGGAUGGCCGCCAAACAACCGGUACCGUCCUAUGAAUCAUUUGAGAGGGUGCUCCGACGCGUGAACGACGAGAGAGGAACCCUUUUUGUCGAUGACCGCCCGACGCCUUACCAACCGAAAGAUCAAGCAUUCCAACUCCUCCCUCACGAACCAUAUCUCGCCCACGUGGCACGCCAAUUUCGCGUGUCGAUUGCCAUCGCGCAGCCGUUCGGUCAUUCGGAUUCCCUAGAUCUUCUGGGUCGUUCAACUUUUCGAAAGGAACUCUACCCGCUCAUUUUUAUGAGACGUUUCAUGAACAUUUGGUAUGCUCUCAGCGCAAGGGAUCCAGAUAUCUACCAGGUGAUAGCGAACCCGGAUGUCCCCCUGUUGAUCCACAACUUGUGGGACGAGUUCUGUCGUGCCAAAGACGGAAUUCUUCAGGACAUCAACCACGCCAUCGAGACCAACGACAAGGCCUUUAAGGUCAUGCUCGAGAACGUCACCGCGAUCGCGAUGAUGGAAGACACGUCCAACAUCUAA